CCAAUCAGAGCCCAGCGCGCACACACACACACACACACACAGAGACUGGGCGGGCGAGUCCAUAGUGUUUUUUUGCAGCACAAAAAACCUUGAGUUUUGCUUCGACGGAGGAAUCAUGGUGACAACUGAGACCCACCAGACCCAAGACCUGCUGGUCCCCCCUCAGAACCAGGACCUGCUGGUCCCCCCUCAGAACCAGGACCUGCUGGACCAGCAGGAGGACGACCAGGCCUCGCCCUCAUCCCUCCUGGCUGCGUUGGACCCUGAGAAAAUGAGUCAGGGUCCCGUCAACGCCAUUACAGUCCUGACUCUGCUGGACAAACUGGUCAACAUGCUGGACGCCGUCCAGGAGAACCAGCACAAGAUGGAGGUACACCAGGUGGAUAUGGAGGGUGUGGUCAGAGGGAUCCAGGCUGACAUGACCAAACUGUCCAAGAGUCACAGUCACACAUCGAACACCGUCAGUAAACUGCUGGACAAGAGCCGCAAGCUGUCAGUCACCAUGAAGGAGGUCCGUGAUAAGAUGGAGCGACAGGGCGUCCAGGUGAGGAAGCUGGAGGCAAACCACGCCCACCUGAUCAGCAGGAACAACUUCAAAGUCCUAAUCUUCCAGGAGGAGAACGAGAUUCCCUCCAGUGUUUUCGUGAAGGAUCCGCCUCCGUUCCCGCGUGAUGAGAUUUUGGAGGAAGGGGAGGAGCCAGCGCCUGGCGUCAUGGAGGAUCGGGAGGCCGGGCUCACCACCAUCGACCUGUCAUCUGACGAAGAUGUGGGUCUGGAGGCGGAGCUAGAUGAAGAGGGGACGUGGCUUCAUGAUCUGGAGAAUAUGGAGAAGUCAAGAACGGAGAAAUUAAAACGCUCCAGUCUGAAGAAGGUGGACAGUCUGAAGAAGGCGUUCUCCAGACAGAACAUCGAGAAGAAGAUGACGAAGAUCGGAACAAAGAUCGUGUCUGUGGAACAAAGAGAGAAGAUCAAACAAAGAACGUCCAGUCUGAAGGUCUCACCUCUGACCUUCGGCAUCCGUAAGCCUCGCAGCGGUUCCGACUCGCAGCUUCCUGAGUCCGUCACCACUGAGGCCCACGUCCAGGUCUCGCCCCUGGGCUGCAGCGACCUUGAGGACCCCUUCACUGAGGAGGGAGGGAUAGAGGAGGAGAAGGAGGGAGGGAUGGAGGAGAUGAAGGAGGGAGUGAUGGAGGAGGAGGAGAAGGAGGACGUGAUAGAGGAGGUGAAGGAGGAGGUGAUAGAGGAGGUGAAGGAGGAAGUGAUAGAGGAGUUGAAGGAGGUGGUUUCAGAGGGAGUCAGUCAGGAGUACGCUCUGUCCUCCACUUUGCCUCAGGGGGGGGGGGAGAAGAAGAAGGAGGAGGAGCAGGAGGAGGAGGAGGAGGAAGAGGAGGAGGAGUAGGAGGAGGAGGAAGAGGAGGAGGAGGAAGAGGAGGAGGAGGACAAGGAGGAGGAGGAGGAAUAGGAGGAAGAGGAGCACAAGGAGGAGGAGGAGGAGGAAGAGGAGGAGGAGUCGUGAACACUCGCUGAUAUUGUUUCUAUAUUCAGAAAAAUCCUCUUCAUGUUUAGAUGGAUAUAAACCAAUGUUAGCUUAGCAUUGAGACCAAAAACAGGUGGGAGCAGCUGGAUAGCUUAGCAUAAAGACGAGAAACAGGAGGAGUCACUCAGAGGGAAAAACAAGGAGAGGAUUUGUUUGAAUAUAAAACUGUUCCUUUAUAUUUUAGAGCACACAUUUGUUUUGUGAUCGAUAUUUUUCUUUCAUUGAUGAACGUCCACACACACACAUAUAUACACACACACACACACACACCUGUUUGCAUGUGUUGACGUCUUCACUCGUAAAAUUAAAA